GUAGCUAAAUUAGCCCCCAUCAUAUUGUAUGUAUAGUUGGGGUUAUUUUUUCCAAUGUGCAUGAUUUGACAUUUAGCCACAUUACAUUUCAACAAACAGCAAAAGGCAACUUGGGGGAUUUUACAAUCAAAACUGCAGCUGAGUGCAGAGCUGGAGUGCUGGGCUUUGCCGAAUAGGGGCUUGCAGUCGUGCGAUGGGAUGUCGGGCUCUCUCACCAAGAGCAGGGGUAAUCUGCGUUUGCAUGGGGGACCUGCAGUGAAAACCCAGGUAGUGUCAGAGGUCAGUGCUGGGCCGUUGCCCCAGUGUGGUGCUAGGGGGCUCUGUGCUGCUGCGGGUGCAGGUUUUUGAAGUGGGAUCUAAAACCAGCCUGCUGACCGCUCAGGUUGGUAAAGGUCUUAGGUCAGUGUGUGAUUUUUAGCUGGGGAGUCCCGCUCCGAUUGAGGUGUGAACAAUUGCCUGCUGCCUCCUUAAAUCCACCCUGUGGCUUCCACUGCAUACAGAGACUUCGCUGUCUCCUCUGAGACUGGUUCGCUGGCAAAUGGCUGUGGUGCUCCUCCCCUAGAUGUGGCUGCAUUUCCGGGAUUUGUACAUCUGUGAAGGGAACGCGCACUGUAUGAAUGGAGGAGGAUGGUGGAGAGUCUGUUCCCUGCCUCCGGGAGGCAUAGCCUGGCAUGCAAGGGGCAUGGGUGGCUUUGAAGCUACAUUUGUGCCUCGGGGCUGCUGUGGUGGUCAAAAUGGCGCAGGCAUAAAUAAGAGCAGCUGCAGGGCUGCUCUAUUUUGCAGCACCUUCCAAGAGCUGCCUAGUGGCUGCUGUCCCAUCUGGCGCAGCACAGAAGCUCUGUAGUGGCAUGUGCUAUACCACUCCUGGCAGGGCAGCUGCCCCAGAGCUGCCUGGGGUGGUGCAGUGCUUUGCACCGAUAGAAUAUCCUGCCGCACCUGGCCCCACGGAUCUGCUCCCCCUCCACAUGCACCCUGGCGUGGUGUAGAGGGGCUGCGGAGGAAUCUGUUCCGCAUUCUUGGUGCUAAAUGCCAGCAUUUUUCUCCCAUUUGCUAAGGGGUCUGUGUCAGAAAGCACCAGCCCCCCUACAGCUCUGCCCGCCAGAGCAGUGCCCUUGCUGCGCUUGGCUGCGGAGUCUGAGAUUCUUAAUGAAGUCUUGACGGAAACCAACCCCCCCAGCUGCUGAAUCUGGCGAAAUGAAGUCGGGUGCCGCGAAGACCUGCUAGCUGUUUAGCAGUGUGCACUCCUAAAACUCAAGAUGGAAUCAAUAAUUAACAGGGGUCCUUGUCUUCAUCAGAAAAGUAACCAGUUCAGCUGGGGUCCUUAAAACAGUCCUGGAUUCGCAUAAUCCUAUUGGCUGAAGCCUGACUAAUUGUAAUUAGUGGAAGGGCCUGAAGCUCAAUUAAAGUGUACUGAGAUUAUGCCUUUUUAUAAUUGCUUUAGUGCCAGGGGAUUAGCUUUGGAAUGAUACUCAUCCAGCAGACAAACUGGGGCUUCCACAGGAAACCUGGGCCAAGAAAUUGAGCAGGGAUCAGAAGAAGUACUUUUUUUUUUAAUACUUGAUAGUCAGUUGACCCCUAGGACUCCCUGUCACAGAUAUUUAUUGUCAACUGGGGCCAACACCUUAGCAGUGGUCAGAAAAGGAUUAGACAGUCCUAUGGAGAAUGAGGAACAUCUGCCGUGACAGUAGAUGGGAUUAAAAUAGGGAAGGGAUAACCACUCUCAUGCUUCACUACUCGGGGAUAGGAAGAAACUUCCCCAGUGGACAGAUAAGGAAUAACCUGCCCAUUAUGUAGCCUCUUGUGCCAUCCUCUGAAGCACCCUAGCAGUGGCCACGAGGACCCUUUCUUCUGCUCCACUCUGGCAAUUCCUAGGGUUCUAAGAAUACCAAACAGCAAAUGACCCAGCAGUAACGCCCACCCCUUGCAUUAGUACCCAAGGCCAGCAUUUGCAAAGGUAGGCACCUGAAUCCAUGCUUGGUUGCUAAGUAACUAGUCUGAUUUUUCCAAGUGGCUCGGGGCCCUGUGGCUUCCAUUGAUUUCAUCAGCACAGGAGGGGUUCUUACAGCUUUGCUAGCCUCGGCCAGGAGGAUGCUGUCAGAUGAGGUAGCAUGCCAGAGUCCCAGGCCCUUGGUGACCUCACUGCUUUUCAAGAUCGAACAGCAGCUUGGGAUCCAUAUGGGCUGAAUCUGGGGCCCAUCCCUCGUUAUCAUGGGGUUUCCUGUCUCAUAAGAACCUCGGGGAAGGGACUUCGUCUCCUGGUUUGUUUGUCACACAUUAAUUGCACUAUAUCUGCUAUUAAUGAAUAUCUUUGCUCAGCUUGUGUGCUCCUUGGACUGUCUGAUGAAUACACGUGCAUGCAGCACCUAGCGCAAUGGGCCAGGAUCCAUGGGUGGGCCCUCUAACCAUAGGGCAAUACACCUAAUGAGUCAGAAGGGAAAUGUCAUGUGCCCAUAGGCCGAGCUUGGUGAACACUGCAAAGAUCUGGGCCCACUUUCUGAGCCCCGUUGCAGUCGCUUUGCACGGUCUUCUAGCAAAUGUGGUUCAUGGCAGGGGCGUUCUGAGAAUCGGCCCAUUUGACCCCAAUAUUGCAGAUUUGUGCAAAGCACAUUUUAAAGUGGCAGCUGGGACAGCGGGUUCUGAAAGGGCCAGUCGAGGAUCCUGCGCUCAGUCUAGCUCUGCUGUCUGGGAUAUUUGUGACGGCCGAGUUGCAGGCUGAAGUCUGCUCGUGAGAACUCUCGGGUCGUUGAUUGCCAGCCAGGGAUCUCCCAACAACAAGCUUCUAAACUGAAGAGGAGGCAAAAUCCAGCCGAUAAAUUAUUUGCUAGGAAUUGUUCUACCCCAAACACACCACUACACACUGAAAUACUGCGCAGAGCCAGAGAGACGAGCAAAUGCCCCUCUGGGACAAUAAAAUACACAGUCAAACGGGCGGGAGCGGACAGUGUGUAACGAUAGCAUUACCCCAACGCCCUCUCUCUCACCCACAUGCUCCUCUCCUCCACCCCGACCGAUGUACAUACCAUUAGAAAUGAGAUCAGCUUACCCAUUUCUAAAGGAAGGGUCAUAAUCCUAUUAGCCAGGAGCAGAAUAAACCCACCCGCCCGCAAGAACCAUCCAGAGUGUCGUCUAUAGGACACGGAUCCAUCGCGGAGCGUCAGAGGUGGCUGGGGCUAGUGCCAGCCCAGUGCAGCUGGCCCUGUGAAACAGCUGCAGCAGGGGAGAAGCCGGGACCUGGAGCCAGGGGGACUGCACCAGCAGCUGACACCCCACCACAGCCAUGAGCCUGGAGCCCCCAAAGCUGGAGAUCAAGUCGGCCACCAGGGUGACUGGAGGGCCAGUCACCCCCAGGAAAGGGCCCCCCAAAUUCAAGCAGAGGCAAACCAGGCAGUUCAAGAGCAAGCCCCCCAAGAAGGGGACCCAAGGGUUCGGUGAUGACAUCCCUGGCAUGGAGGGGCUGGGAACAGACAUCACCGUGAUUUGCCCCUGGGAAGCUUUCAGUCACCUGGAACUCCACGAGCUGGCGCAGUACGGCAUCAUCUAGCCAGCCCUGAGCGUGUGUCUCAUGGCAGCCCUCGGAUUGUCACUAUUUAUACAGAGGGGGCUGCAGCGCUUUCGCUGCUAGUGACCAGACCAGCCUGAACAAGCUCUUUAAAAUAAACACGCUCAGCCGAA